GAUUUCCAUAAGCAAAUCCCCCACAGCUGGGAAAGUGUGAUGAAAUGGGGUGAAUGUUGUGUUCCCAGCCCAUCUGUGCCGGAUAAUUCCAGGUCAUAGAUCACUUCCCAGGUGAGAGGAAAGCAGACACUCAGCCUCCCGGGGUUCCCAGCCUUUGGAGCAGGUUUGUUUCACAGUGCUCCUUUUCAGGAGGCACAAAUAAGGUUCAAUGCAAAGGAAAUUUAGCAGCAGAGCAAUUCAGCUUUGCAGAUCUGUCUGAUUAAUGCCACACAAUGAAGUGCCAAGAACUGUAACUGGAGGGUACCAGCAGCAUUUGGUCGAUGCUCUCUCUGCUAUGGUUGGGGUCAGCUUACCCCAGAUCUUACAGUUCUCCUCGCUGCUGCGAUACGAGACUCAGGGAUGGUCUGCGCACCGAGCCACCCCUCGAGGGUUCCAGGGGCGGAGAGCAAAUGGAAACGGGCAGCAAAAGCGGCUCGGUGCGAUGCUGGGAAUGACGGCCACACGAGGGCAGAGCUGCUCGGAGCUGCGGGCGAAAGGCACCUUGGACACCCCCCCCCCAUCCCCAAGCUGUGUCCCCCUCCCCAAUGAGGGGAUGCAGGCACACCAACCCCCUCCGGCAUCCCCUCGUCCCCACCAAACGCUUUUCCUUUCCGCAGCUGGAAUAGCUCUGUCUGCCUCAUUAACUCCCGGACCUACAAAUGUCCUCGCACUGCCGGUGCGGUGCUCGCUAAUUUGUUUUCCUGCUCUUGAGCUCGUUCUUUGCCGAGGUUUGAAGGUCAGCAAAGGAGGAGAGGGGGAGACUGUGACUGUACAGACAACACAGGAGGAGCGAGGUUUGGUGGGAGAAUUAACGACUUGUGUUUUAGCUGAAAAACGUGUUUGUAAAUAGCUGAGAUACCCAAAGAAGGGUGUGAAUAGUUCUGGGUGCCCAGAGCAAAAUAAGUGGGUCCAGAGCUGGUUUAUUAUACAGUCAGGCACAACCAAAAGCCAUCCUCACAUUUAUUUCUUACGUGACAGACAUUCCAGAACACUUCUAAGUGGUACAUUGCUUUUAACACAGCCUUGCUUUUGUCCUAUAGGAUCCUAUGGAGUGUACAAAGCCACAUACAUUGAAUUAUCCAUUAGCAACUUGAAACUUGGUGCUGGGUCCAGUGUUGGUGCAGCUGGAUUGGGGGGUCUUAGGAGAACUGUAUUACCUGGGCUUGGUUUGGGGCAGUUUGGUUUUUGCUGUCAGUGCUCCUGGAUGGCAUUGGUUAAAGCACAGGGAUGCUGAUGUUCCCACAAUAAGAAACCUGCUCAUUCAAGGCAGGGAAGAGCUGCAGGUGCUCUACCUAGUCCCAUUUCUUUAGCAUGACAAGAGAACACGGAGCAUCGCCUCAGAGCACCAAGUAUCCCACACCCUGCUGUCCUCCCAUCCACCACACUUUUGACCAGAGAUAGGAUCUGCCACUGCCACCCUCUAUGGCUGCAUUUAUGUAAAGCUAAAGGGACAGCGUAGGAUGCAGCACAAGGCCAGCCUAUGCUUCUACCACCUGCUUCACCUCCCCUGUUGCCUGUUUAUGAAAGCCUGUCUUAGCAUUCGUCAUAAUAAUAAUAAUACUUUGCACUUCCCUAACAACCAUCCAUCUGCAGAGCCCGAGCUGCUGGCAAACCUUUAAUUAGAUCGUGCCUCCCACCACCCCCAGGAAGCAGGCAAACAUUAUCACAUUUUUUCAUUAGCACUGAGGCCGGUGAUGAACCUUCAGGGAGAGGAUGUUGCAGUUACAGCCAAGAAGGGAAAAAAAAAAGAAAGAAUUAAAAAUGCAAUGGAGUUCCGUUCGCUAUUUAGCUUGAGAACAUCAGGGCUGGAGCCUGGGGAGGGCUGGGUGAGGAAAGGAAGGCAGAAAGGGGAACUGAGUUACACAGAGGCUGCUGAAGGUGCUGCUGCUCUCUGGAGCUGACUGCAGGAAGGCUGGAGGCCCACACUGCAUGACAGCACGCCAGCUGCUGCCUGUUCUUCCUCUUUCCUCCUCCUUGCUAUUGCUGAUAUGGAGAUAACGUGUGUAAAAGGGCUCCUGGCUAUGGCUCGGUGGCCUUUAUGGCUGUGCAGGAGAGCAGCCUUGGGGGAGGCUGCGUGCGUUGGUUCCCCUCCUGCUAUUCCAGCCUUAGGGCUUCCCUUGGGUACUGGCUUAUGUGUGCAGCUCUUGACAUAGCUGAGCAUUGGGCACUGCUUAUCCUGCAGCCUAAAUGGGGGAUAUGGGGAUUGCAUGGGACCCUAUGAUGUGUAUCCACAUGUAUUGUGACCCAGAGAAAUACUGGGUUGCGACCGCACCGAGUGCUUUUUGUUGCCUAUAUCUGCUCCUUGGGCAGGGCUCAUUGCUUUUGCACCAGGAACUCAGUGAUUUGAAAGGAGAUGGGGCUGCUGUGGGGUCACAGCGUCUGUUUGCCUCCAGGCACUUCAUUCAUUGCUCAUCCAUGCAGCUGGUGAGGUGAGAAGGCUGGAUGUGCAGGGAUUGAUUUGCAUGUUGGUAUGGUUUGUGUCUGCAAAUGUUUAACACUGGGCAGCACUGAGUGUCAGACAAGAACAAGGAGCAAAGCCAGGCUGCUGUGUGCUGCAGAGUCUGCUUUGGGGGCAGUGGGACCAUCCUUUCCCUCUCCCCCUCUUGGCUGCUGUGAGCUGGAGAUGUAGCUCACAAGGGCUCAGCUCUAGUUUGGGAGCCCUGACCCCAAACUGCUGCCCACAGGCACCUUUCAUACUGCACAGCCCCUGUAUAACCCCAGACGUCCAAAAAAUAACAUCAUAACUGAACACACAUGGUCACCAUGGGAAGGGGAUUUGGCUGCUCUUCAUGAUUUAGUGGCAAACUGUGGGAUGCUCCUUGCUCCUGGCGGAUCCAGGUGUCCCCUAUUGUGAAACCACGGCUGAGUCAGUGCUGCAAGCCGGCCUGCGGGGAGCCCAGCUCCAAACAUCCUGUCCGAGGGCCACCUCCCCGCCUCACCUGUGCCUUUAUCUGCCCCUUCUGAGUAACAACGCGUCUGGAGAGGGAGAAGGACAGGCAGAAGCUGCAGACACCAGGAUUGAUCCCAAUGCCGACGAGUUUCCUUGGCUGUGCCCUCCGGGGCACCUUCUUCCUCAUCUUUGGUCUCUGGUGGUCGGUGCGAUACCCCCUGAAGUAUCUCAGGAGGAAAACCAAUGCUGAGAACCAGCCAAGCUAUGGGCUGCAGCGUGUGGAAGUCUUUGAAGGGGCAAUCAAAGCUUUCUUUGCCCUGGCAGGGAUCCUGGUGGAGCAGUUUGUCCCCUCUGGUCCCCACCUGAUGCUGUACAGCCCCAAGACACACAGCUGGACAGACCUCACGCAUUGGCACUACACCACCAUGUACCUCUUCUUCCUCCUCUCUGGCAUCGUGGACGUGGUCUCUCACUCACCCCUCAAACUGCCUUUGGGUUUAGAUCGGCUCUCGCUGUCCGUGGCUCUGUUCAUGGAAGGUUUGCUCUUCUGCUUCCAUGACUAUGGUGAUGCUGCACUGGACCAGCACCUCCACUCCCUCAUGGCCUUUGCUAUCUUUGCUGGAGCCCUCUGUGUCCUCCUGGAGGUGUUCAUCCGAGAUCACAUCAUCCUGGAGUGCCUCAGGACCAGCACAUUUCUUUUGCAGGGCUCCUGGCUCUGGCAGAUCGGGUUUGUGCUGUCCCCUCCUUGGGGAGGACCGGGCUGGGACCAGACUGACAGCAGCAACUUCUCAUUCCUCACCAUGUGCUUCUGCUGGCACUACGCAGGAGCUCUCUUCACCCUGGCAGCCAACGCGGCCGCAUCACGCUGCUGCAAUGAGUCCUGCCAGCUGCGAUUUGGGGACAUCGAUGUGGAGUUGGACUGCGGUCUGUGCCUGCGCAAGAAGGGCUCUGGUGGGGCACUGCUGCCUGAGGGUGGCACGGAGGAGAAGUGAGGCUGAUGUGGGUGGUGGCGGCUCCUUCCUGCUGCUCUGGGGCUCUUGAGAUGAACUUCUGAGUUCUGCUUUGUUAAACUGGAAGCAGCAGAAGCAGGAGGUGGCACCCUAAAGCUGAGCUGAUCCUGUGUGCUCUCGGCCCCCUCGGACAGCGAGGAGUUUGCCAUUUCCUCAGGACUGGUUUUGCUGGCAGGCUCUGCCUGGUGGGGCUGGUUGGGCCCACUCAGAACCCAGCAGGAGGGAUGCAAACUGCCCCCUGAAGCAGCUCCUGGUGUCUGCUGCUCGCUGUGCAUUUAGCAGGGGGGUUUUGUACAAAGCUUUGCAUGCACAGGGUGUACACAGUCCCCAGUAAAGUGCUAUAACAAACCUU